AUGAAUGCUUUUCUUUCUUCUCUUGAAAGAUCCUUCACAAAAUUCAGUCAAUCGGCAGACGAGAAGAGACUCCAACUAAGUAUCAUCGAUCAACAAUUUAAAGAUCUUGAUAAAGAAGUGAAAAAGCAAUUAAACGAAACACCAAAACUCGUUAGUCGUACGGCUCCUCAAACAAAGGCUUCAUCACGUCCCAGAACAAUACAAAGAGCUAGGACAGCUGUGAAAAGAGGUCCUAGGAAGUCAGCAAAAGAAGAUCCAGUAAUCAGACCUGCACCUUAUCCAGUCAAAAACUAUAUUCUUCCUGCUCAACCUGUUUAUGGAGCUGCGCGCUACUAUAAACCGGCUGCAAAAGAACAUCUUCGCAAAGAGGAAUUAUUAGAAAGAUUAGAAAGAGAAAAAUAUCCUGAUACAAUAGAUGACCCAACACCAAGAGAUCUUGGCCCGGACUUAGUCGUUACAUCGAAAUCUUAUUCAGUUGGAAAGAAAGGAGAAACCAAUUCUAUUGAUGAUUACUUCAACGCAGUAUAA